AUGGAUUCUGAGAAGUAUGUGGCAAAAUGUAUGAGACAAUUGGAGGACACUGAGGUUUACAUCAAACUAAAUGGAGACCCAUUGGGAAAUAUGAGAAAGUCCCUGAUGAGACCAUAGACCAUAGACCACAGAUCAUACAUUGACAUCUAACCAGAUUGACUUUCUGAUCGAGUGUAUCAGAUGGACCCGUGACCAUAGUUAUUUCUGGUUUAGUUCUUCAUUUUUUUUGCAAAUAAGAGGGAUGGAGAAGUACUUAUGCACACAGAUAUGCUAACCUUUUCAUGGCCCAUUGGGCAAAUUUGUUUAUAUAUGGGCAGCAUGACUGGAGUGCACAAGUGCUUGCCUCUCACCAGCAUAUAGACGAUAUGAUUUUUAUUUGGGAGGGACCAGAAGAAGAUUUUAAGGAAUUUUUAUGUUUUCUGAAGAAUAAUACAUGGGGAAUACACAUUACUGGUAAUAUUAGUACACAGUCUAUUGACUUUUUAGACCUUAAUAUCUAUGUUGAGGAAGGAGUCCUUAAAACACAAACUUUAAAAAAAAAAUGUGGAUGUUAAUGGGUAUGUGCCCUAUAGCAAGGACACUACUCUCCUUGGCUAAAUAAUAUACCUAAGGGCCAACUCCAUAGACUGAAGUGUAACUGCACUGAAAAGGCAAUAUUUCAACCGCAAGCGCAGGACCUUUUAAACAAAUUUAGGGAAAAGCAAUACCCUAAAGAAAAUUUAGAGAAAGCCCUUGAAAAGGUAAAAGAUGUGACACAAAUAGAACUAAUACAAAGGGACAGAGAACGGAGAAAUGACCCAGAUGUUUUUAAGGAUAUUUUAGUGUUUGAUUUUAAUAAUUAAAACAAAUUCUGGCCAAUACUUAAAACAGAUAAAGAUCUGGGUGAAAUACUACUAUCUAAACCUAGGAUUACUUUUCGAGUAAUCUAAAGUCUCAGAAAUACUUUAGUCCAUAGUUUUUACAAAGAAAGGAUAAAUAGACCACUGGACACUUUUUUUAGGAUGCCCCAAGGGCUUCUUUAAAUGUAAAAUGUGCUCUGCAUGUAAAAACACUAAAAAAAUUAAUGGAAAACCAAAAUUUAAAUUUAAGUCAGAAAGGACACAAAAAUAAUUUACAAUUAAAGACCACAUUAUCUGUCAUAGUAAUAACGUGAUACAUCUACUGAAAUGUCCCUGUAGACCACAAUAUGUGGGGAGGACGACACAUCCACUCCACAUAAGGAUCAGAGAGCAUAUUUAUAAUAUUAAGAGGUGUGGAGUGUCACAGUGUCUCUGAACAUUUUAAAGCGGUGUAUGGGCAGGACCCAAGUGGCCUGGAAUUAUCUGUGAUUAAACAAGUAUCUAAAGAUUCACUACCAGAGGGCAUGUGAGCAGAUGGUGGACUUAUUUUGCUGCUAUAUGUGUUUUUAAGGCUUGAAAUAAAGGAGUUUUUUUUACCUGUAACCCGGGUCACCAGAGCAUCUAUUGGAUCCAAUGUACUCAGGGCCGUCUUUAAUAUGGAUUGGACUCUGGGCAAACAUUUGCUUGGGCCCCCUGAACCCGGUCGUCCCCUCCCUGGCAUGCAAUCAUGCCCCCCACCCCAACGCAGAGGCGGACGUAAAGUAGAGAGGGCUCUGGUGCAUGAAUUAUUUUGGGCAAGAGGGGGCAAAAGGUAGAUCCCCAUCUGUCAUGCAACUCCAACAAUGCUUUGACAGCUGGGGCGCUACCAUUUUCCUAUGCAUGCAGGGUUAUACUUAGCACCGAGCAGUAUUUGUGUGUUUGAGUGUAAGCAUGUUUUUGUAUGGAGUAUGUUUGUGUGAAUGUAGGGGUGUGUUUGUAUGUGGAGAUGGCAUUUAAAUGCAAGUAUGCAUUUAUGUGUAGUGUUGGUUUAUGAAUACACUGGUGUGUUUAUAUAUAAUUUUGUUGUUUAAAAAAAGAGGUGUGUUUAUAUGUAGUGUUGAAGUUUGAAUGCAGGUGUGUAUUUGCGUGUAGUGUUGAAUGCUGAGAUGUAUGCACAAAUACAAACACACACACACACACUGUGAUACACAUACACACACAGAAACACUUGCAGAUACACAGAUAUACACAAUCAUACAGAUGCAGCUAUACAGACACAUUUACACACACUGACACACACACAUACAGACACACAACCUGGCACACAUGCAGACACACAGAUGCACACACGCAGAUACACUGACAACAUACAGAUACACAGACACACACAAUGACAACAUACAGACACACAGAUAUAUAACCUGACAAAUGCAGAUACAAACACUGACACACAUGCAGAUACACACAUUGGCUACAUACAGAUACAUACACAGGCAUACACACUGGCACACACACACAGAUACAUACAUACUGACAACAUACAGAUACACACUGACACACACACACACACACACACACAGACACUGUGACAGACAUACUGACACUGUGACAGACAUACAUACUGACACAUACACAGACAUACUGACUGGCACACCGACAUACAUACAGACACACAAACUGACACACACAGACAUACUGACAUACACAUAGACAUACAUACUGUCACACACACAGACAUACAUACUGACACACACAUAGAUAUACAAACUGACACACAGACAUAUACUGACUGACACAUACAUACUGACACUCACACAGACAUACUGACACACACAAAGACAUACAUACUGACACACACACAUACAUACAAACUGACACACAGACAGACAUACAAACUGACACACACACAGACAGACACUCUUCAGUUUCCUACCUUUGAAAGAGGCUUCCUUCCCUGGGGUCCAGUGUGCUGGCUGGGGUAGUUGGGAGUUGGGGGUCUGGCUCUUCUUGCUCCCCCUCCUCACUGGAUCCUGGCUAGCAGCCUCCCACGCGGCCCGAUAUCUUUGAGGUGGGAGGAAGUGAUUCGCGGACGUCACUUCCUCCCAUGCAGCCGUUAAGCAAGGACCCGGUCGCGCUGUUAAAGGGCCACAGUGCCGACCGGACCCCUGCUGGAACAUGCUCACUGGGUGGCUCUAAAGGUAUGGGCCACCCGGUGGGCCCCCUUAGUGUGCAGUCCCCGGUGCAGCCGCAAUACUAGCAAAGCGGGCCCAUUAGGUAGGGAAAUAUUAAAAAAAAAAAAAAAUUUAUUGCAGGCGACGGGGCCCAUGGGGCAGCUGCUUUGGGCCCCCCAUGAGUAACUGGGCCCAGGGCAGCGGCCCUUUUGCCCCUCCUUAAAGACGGCCCUGAAUGUACUCUAGGGACCGAUCCACCUUGACUUUGGAUCGGUCCCUAGAGUAGAGGCCAAGUAGUCCAACAGAAACAAAAAAGAAAACUAAAAUAUCACUGUUGAAUAUUGGAACCAAUCCCACGUGAAUGUGGAAAUUGAACAAUGGAAUUCUCUUCAUACUAGAAAAAAUAAAAGAGAGAAAAAAACGUUAUAGUAUUAAUAUUAGCAGAAGCAUACACAUAUAAAACCAACACAAUAAAGGCAUACAUAACAAAUGUUAUAACAAUAAUUGAAUAAUUUAACCACAACAAAUAAGAGCACCAAAGAAAGAGGAAAUUUCAGCAGAAGAGUGUAACUAACAAACCCAUCUAGCCAGUGCAGCAGCCUUAUGUCCGAAAAGGCUGGAGGUAAGAAAUAAGCAGUAAGCCAGACCUAAAUGUCUGCAAAGAACCAUUAACAGACAAAUUGAUGUGCAUGGUAAACUCCUCCACUGAUCUAACAUCUCUCAGGGAAAGAUGCAUGCAGGUGGCGCCCAGCCCCAAAAGCUGGCAUCUGACUGCAGAACAAAGUCCAGAUGAUGACCAAAAAUGGCUCGACCAUUCCAUGCUUGCAUGUGGAGGUGCCACCAACACAGCUCAGUCACGACAUCCUCUAUCAGUUGCACCGACUGAUUAUAAAAAGGAUGUAGUCGAAGAUUCUGCACAUAACUCUGGGGCAGAGUUCACCCUGCUCUUCUUAAGAAGAACUUUGCCUUUAUCAUCUUUUUUUGUCCUGAGAGUGCCUCUUUUUUUGUCCUGAGAGUGCCUCUUUUUUUGUCCUUUCCAGUGCCUCUUUUUUUGUCCUUUCCAGUGCCUCCUCUGCUGCAUUUGUUCCUCAUGAUGAGAGAGAUCAGAAACAAGGGAGCUGUCAGACUCAUACUGCACAGGCUUGUCAGGGGUAGCAGGCUUCGCAUAAGUCAAGUUUUGAAAGGCUUUUGCCAGAGUCUUUUGGCUGACACAGGAUCUCUUUUAUACAAGUAUGGACAGUAUUUUAUGUCUUUUAUUUUAUUUUAUUGUUUUUUUGGUUAAUACAUUUAUUACCCAUGCACACACAUUUACUGACCCAGGCAGACACACGUUCACUGACCUAUGCACACACACACAUACACACUCACUGACCCAUACAGGUACUCACACUCUGAACCAUUUAGAUACUUAUUCACUGACCUGUGCACAUCUGACCGUAAACCUUGCAAUCACAAUUCCUUGACGUUAUUCAAAAUGACUGCCACUAGAGGUGUCCCUAUGCAGCAAAGUAAACACUGUCUUUUCUCUGAAAUGCCUGCAGGGUCAGGCUAUAGACACCAGCACAACUACAUUAAGCUGUAGUUGUUCUGGUAACUAUAGUGUCCCUUUAAAGUUACAUAUUAUCAGUUUAUCUAUUUUAGGUAUCUCUAAACAUUAGUUUAGUUGCACACAAAACUGAAAUUUUAGCCUGUUUAUGUGCUAACUAUGCAUCCAGGGGCGUUUUAGCCGCGAGGCAAACAAGGCAUUUGCCUUGGGCGGCAUUUUUCAGGGGGCGGCAAAAAAAGCCGCCCCCAAAUGCCCAGGGCAAAUGUCAUGUUAGCGUCGCGGCUAACAGACAUGCUGGGCGCAGGGCGGCAUCGGCGAGCGGCUGACGAGGGAGCUUUUCCUGUGAGCUGACUGCUCAGCUCCCUCGCGCGCCGCAGAGUGAGGCUGGGAGCCGGAAGAUGACGUGAUAUCCCGGCUCCCAGCCUCACUCUGCGGCGCGCAACGGAGCUCAGCAGUCAGCUCACAGGAAAAGCUCCCUCGUCAGCCGCCUGCCCGCUCGCCCGCCAAUGCCGCCCACCCAGCAGUCACUGGACCACCAGGGAGAUAGAGAACCCCUUCCCUCCCCAGCACUCCCAAAGGUAAGGAGGCUGGAGGGGGGGGAGGUUUAAAAAGUACAUGUGUUAAUGUGAGUGUGUGUGUCUGUUAGUGAGUGUGUGUUAUUGUGUGUGUCUGUUAGUGUGUGUGUCUGUUAGUGUGUGUGUGUCUGUUAGUGAGUGUGUGUCUGUUAGUGUGUGUGUCUGUUAGUGAGUGUGUGUUAGUGUGUGCGUGUCUGCUAGUGAGUGUGUCUGUUAGUGUGUGUGUGUCUGUGAGUGAGUGUGUCUCUGCUAGUGAGUCUCUGCUAGUGAGUGUGUGUGUGUGUAUUUAGAAGGCGGGGGAAGGGAUGGGAGGGGUCACGCGCGCGGGGGGGAAGGGAUGGGUGGGGGUCAUGUGCGCAGGGGGGGUUGGGGGGCGCCUGAGUUUUGUCCUGCCUAGGGCAGCACAAAACCAGGAUACACCACUGUAUGCAUCUCAUAUUUAAAUCUCAAGAAAGAAAUUUAGUGUAAUUGUGUCUUUUGUGUCCCCUUAGUGAAAACAAGUCUCAACAAACAUUAAUUCAAACUUUUAUGUACUAAUUUAUUUUUCAAUAUUCUUUGGAGGACAAAGCAUAAUACAUUAUUUUCUUUUACAGAUAGCACAAGAGGUGUGCGUGAAGGCUGCUGUGGGACUGUGGCAGGCUGAAGGUAAUAAACUGGAAAUUUAUAAGGCUGCUAAACAUAUAAUGGAAUAAUAUCAGUAACCAAGGCACUAAGAAAUCCUAGCAUGCUAUGGUGCAUUAAAAGUAUCUGCACCAGCUAAGGCACUGAGUGUACUGUUUUGUAAAUGAUGAAUUGGAGAAUUACCGCCUGACAGGCCCUGACUGGCCAUUGGGCAUACCGGGUAAAUGUUAGAGAUCAAUCAAAAAAAGGAUCUCACCUGUUGGUUCAUGCAGGGCCUGCGCAAACGGAGCGCCGGCCCUGCUGCAUUCCAUGACGGGCCGGUGAGGAGAUCAAAGAUCUCCUCAGCGGCCCACUUGCACAGACAUGCGGCUGGGGAGGGAGAGGAGGAGGCAAAUGUCUGGUGGGCUGCGAUGGCCAUGGGCCAAGGCCAGCAGGGGAGGUCACAGGAUCUCACCUGUUGGUCUAUGCAAGGCCCGUGCUACUGGAGCGCUAGCCAUGAUGCAUUCCAUGACGGGCCGGUGGGGAUAUCAAAGAUCUCCCUGCCUGGCCCACUUGCACAGACAUGCGGCUGGGGAGGGAUAGGAGGAGGAAAAUGCCCGGUGGGCUGCAAUGGCCAUGGGCCGAGGCCGGCAGGAUCUCACCUGUCGGUCUAUGCAGGGCCUGUGCUACUGGGCUGGUGGGGAGUUUAAAUAUCUCCCUCACUGGCCCACUGGCACAGAUAUGUGGCUGUGGAGGGAGAGGAGCUCUAUCUUGCAGCUCCGCUGGGUUCCUCUCACGAGAUUCGGAGCAUUGCCAUAGUGGUCACUCACCACUAGCACCACCAGGGAUGGCAGCACGGUCCCCCCUCCCAGUCUAAAGGUAAGACGGAAGGAGGGAUAUAAUGAUUGUUUUUUUUGUUGUUUUGUUUUUUAUUUAAAAUAAAUACAUUCUUAUAUAGUGGCAUUAAUCUGCCUCCCCCCCAACACACAAUGCCUCCUAACAUAUACAAAUAAACACACAUCACCCUCACACACAUCACCCUCACAAACAGCGCUCUCUCACACACACACACCAUCCUCUCACACAUCCAGAGCACACAUACAUAGAACACUUACACACACAGGACCCUCACACAGAGCAUGCUCAGACACAGAGCACCCUCACACACAGCACUCUCACGUACACAUCACCCUCACACACACACACACACACACACACACACACACACACACACACCACCGUCACAUACACAGCACCCUCACACACACACUUCACCCUUUACACUCACAGCAUCCAUCACAAACACUUUACCCCUCCCACACAUACACUUUACCCCUCCCACACACUUUACCCCGUACACACACACACACUGCACCACACACACACACAAUACUUCAUAUAUAUAUAUAUAUAUAUAUAAAUAUAUUCACACCUGUUACCCCUGGUAUGGUGUGAAAUAGACCAUAGCUCCAUCAUAUUGUCAUUAGAGACCAGGCUACAGGCUGCAAGGGGUAUAUAUAUACUACAGCACCCCUCACACACACACACUGCACCCCUCACACACAUACUGCACCCCUAAACACAUUACAUUCCAGACACACACUAGAUCCCUUACCCAACUCUGGAUCAUCUACACACAUACACACACUAGAUCACUAUAUACACUCUGAAUCCGCUAUAUACACACUCUCUAGAUCUCCUAUACACAUUCUAGGUCCUUUAACACACACACUAAACCCCUAUACACACACACUGCCCCACCUACACACACACUACAUUCCUGACAUACACACUCUGGAUCCCCAAUACACACACUAGAUUCCUUGUAAGCAAACACAUACUACAUUUCCUAAACACACGCUCUCUACAUCACCUAUACACACACACUAUAGCCAGUAUGCACACACUUACUACAUGCCCUAUACACACACUCUCUACAGCCCUUAACUACACAUGAAUUACAUUACACCACAAACACAACACGUCUAAAACCGAUCUUAUUACACAAUACCAACCCACACCAAAAUCAGCUCACUCUUCAUAAACGCAAACCCACAAGCAGGCCUUAAACACAUGCACAAUAUUCCUUCAUGGCCCUUUUGUCUCCUGGUAUCCCAUUUAUAGAGACACCAGAGCAGUGGCGUACACACAAUCCAUGGGACACCGCUGCGAAAAUUAAUCCGUGGCCCCUGCCCACCCUUACUCUGUGCGGGCCGGGUCCGCAACACACGGUUGCGACCCCUACAACCGCCGUAUGUACGCCAGUGCAGAUACACAUACACUUAAGGGACCACUAUAGGCACUCAGAUCACUUCAGCUCAAUGAAGUGGUCUGGGUACCAGAUCCCUCUAGUUUUAACCGUGCAGCUGAAAACAGCAGUUUCAGAGAAACUGCUAUGUUUCACUGAGGGUUAAUCCGGCCUCUAGUAGCUGUCUCACUGACAGCCGCUAGAGGUGCUACCACGAUUCUCACUGUGAAAAUCACAGUGAGAAGAAGCUGGACGAGCAUAGGAAAGCAUUGAGUUAUGCUUUCCUAUGGGCGGUUUGAAUGCACACGCGGCUCUUGGAGCUGAGAGGCGGAUCGGAGCGGAGAGAUCUCCAGUGCCAAGGGAGCCCGGCGCUGGAGAAAGGUAAGUGCAGAAGGGGUUUUAAACACACACUCUCACGAACAGACGCAUACACACUAGCUAACAGAAACACACAUUUACUGACAGACACACACUCAGUGACAAACAUACAUACACACUCACUGACAGACAGACACACAUACACACUCACUUACAAAAUAUACACUCUCACUGACAACCACACACACACUAACAGACACCAAACAGACUCAAAAACUAACACACACACACUGACACUCACUAGCAGACACACACUCAAUAACAGACACACACAAACUAACACACAGUAACACACACACAAAAACAAACACACUCACUGACACUCACUAGAAGACACACACUCAAUAACAGACACACGCAAACUAACACACAAGUAACACACUCAGUAACACACACACACAAAAAAACUAACACACAUUUUUUUUAAAUGUUAUUAAAUUUGCUUGCACAGUGCAGAACCAAUACAGGGCCUUUUUCUCAUAGUAGAGCUCUGCGUAUGGUCUGCCCGGAAGAGCAUUGAACCAACAUGCUCACUUUGACAGGGGGCGUGCUUGUCAUUGGUGAUGACAAAACACACCCUCUCUGCCCUGCUCCCUUCUUAGUGGGCCUCUGUGAUUAAAAAAUGCCCGGGCUGAAUUUUUUUCCCAGUCCAGCCCUGCCGGCGCCUGCAGUCCAUAUUGUUACACAGGCUGCCUUUUCAGUAGCUGUUAGAUAUCUGGUAUUGAAAGAUGUAUAAUAAUGUGCUGUUAGCCAGAGAAAGGUUUUCAUGUUGAAAAUCUAGGUCUCUGUGAGAUGAUUACAAAUGUCUUUUUAGGAUUAACAAACACUAAAGCUUACAAUGCAUAAAUCUCUUUAAUUACUACUGGUUUAUGUGAUUAUGGUGUCCCCACUCUCAAAUGAUCUUUUAGUAUUGCAAGGCAUUCAUCGUGCUUUGAAAAUGCACAGCCUUAGCUUGGUAUCUGUGACAGCGUGUAGCUUUGUAUCUGUCUCCAUUGUCCAUCUGUUCUGCUAACUCCAAGAGUCAUUACUGGCUGUUAUAUGAUUUUUUUAAAAUAGAAAAGCAUGCAUUACUAAGCAUCUAUAGUGAACACAUAAAACAAAUCAGCAGCAUUCACACAAUGCCAGAGAGAGAUCAAUUAAUUAAUGCUAAACACACUAAUAUUAAUGAAUUUAUUCAGUAUCAUAGAAAUAUUGCCAGGCAAGUGCCACCUAACAGCAUGUGGAGCAUGCAGGGUCAUUCCAAUCAGUAUAACUACAUACUGUAGUGGUUAUGGUGCAAUGAGUCUUUCAGUGCCAUCCUCUCAUUUUUUUUUCAAACCAUUUUCAUGAGUUCUGAAAUAUACCAGGGCUCUCCUAAAGGUGCACAUCUGCUUCUGAUUUCUACAAAGAUAAUACAAAAACUUCACAUUUGCAUUAUGCCUGUAUACCUGUCCACAAUUUCACGACAAUGAUGCUAUGAGCAGCAGAGGUGCUUAUCCCAGCACUCACAGUCUCUCACCGUUCUCAGAAUUUGGGCAACAGCAGUGAUAGGCUUUGUGUGCCAGCAGAGCCCCAGUUUUAAAAAUAAUUUUAAACCUAGUAGGUGAAAUGGGCGAGCCAUAUUGUAUUCACAUAAAAUGGACAUUGUCUUACAAUUGUUUACUCAUAAUUUAGUAGAGAUUCUUAGUCCCCAGCAGUUUGUAGCCCAGCCUCAAAAAUGGCAGAGGGAAAGCUAGGCGUCCACCUCACUCCAUAACAUUUCAUGACUGAUAUUGGGGCAGUAAUUUACUGAGAGAACUCAUCUGCCGCUCUUAGUCUAUCAUUACCUGUUAUCCCUGGUAUGGUGUGAAAUAGAGCAUAGCUCCAUCAUAUUUAGACACGUGCAAUUCGUUUCGGGCCAAAUAUGAAUUUGGACGAAUUUUGGGCAAUUCGGACAUUCGGGUACUUCCGAAUGUCCGAAUAGCCAAAAUGCCGAAUUGCUGAAGUGCCGAAUUACCGAGUUCCCAAAGUUCAGAAAUUUCCGAAGUGCCGAAGUUGCCGAAGUGCCGAAUUGCCGAAGUAUACUUACCUAGUGGAAGAAGAAGAAUGUUACACUCUAUACAAUUUUAAAUUAAAAGUAUACAAACAUAGCCAGGAUUCAGCUGUAAGUUACUUGGCCAGUCAGUGUAAUGACAGGAAUGAAUAAGUAGAUAACUACCUAAUUCCCACAGUAUUAGGGAGCUAUCUACUAAAAGGCUGAAAGACCUGAAUUGGUCUUUCAGCCAAAUUUACUAAUACUAAGUAAAUAUUACUUAGUAUUAGUAAAUUAUGCCCCUACUCGCUAUACCGCAUCCCGGCGGGGGGAGGACAAUAGGUCCCCCCAUUAUUUUACUUUAGGGCCCUCACCCGCCGCUCAGGGGUGGAGGCCGGGGGGCAAUAGGCCCUCCUUUAGUUUUUUUUUGUUUUUUUAACAGUGAGCAGCUGUUUAAUAGACAUGCCCCUACUCGCAGUAUAGCAAGUACGGGCACAAUUUACUAAUACUAAGUAAUUCUUAUAAGUAAUACUUAGUAUUAGUAAAUUUGGCUGAAAGACCAAUUUAGGUCUUUCAGCCUUUUGGUAGAUAGCUCCCUAAUACCGUGGGAAUUAGGGAGUUAUCUACCAAGUGGCUGCAAGAGACGAAGUCCCGAAUUGCCGAGGUCCUGAAGUUCCGAAAUUACCGAAUUUCCAAAGUGUUGAAGUGCCGAAGUUUCCGAAGUGCUGAAGUCCCGAAUUUUGGAAUGCCGAACCGAACCGAAAAUUUUUCCCAUGCACAUGCCUAAUCAUAUUGUCAAUAGAGACCAGGCUUCAGGCUGCAGGGGGUAGAGAAUAUCUACUAAAUAAUGAGUAAACUGUUUAGUAAUGAUGCAUGACCUGACAUCCAUGGAAACCAGGCACCUUAAUUACUUUAAUCUGUCGAGGUGGUUGUGAUGCCUACAUUGUUCCUUUAAUAACAUAUUAGUUUAGCAUUUCAUUUCAGAAAUGGAUUAAGAUAUAUUAGCGUUUUAGAACUUUUCAAAAUAUCCCAGUGACUUGGUGUAAACCUACCUUGUGAACUCAAAUAUUUCUCUGUUUACUUACAGGUGAAGACCAGAAAGAAAAAUCAAUCUGUAUUAAUGAGGAUGCCAAAAGUUUAAUAUUUAUAGAUAAAGCUGAUGCGGAAACUAAGGUACGUGCAUAGAAUUCUGUUUGUUUGUGUACAUAAAAUAGCUAAACUCCAGCAGCAUCGCUAGGGUUGGUGGUACCCUCCCCAUUGACUUCAUCCUGUACCAGACCAUGUAAGAUCUACAACUUUGCUAUUCUUGUUGUGAGUUCCAGCUAUCUGGUAGUAUCAGAGUAUUGCUACAGGUUACCACAGCAAAGUUUCAAUAUUAUUUGUGAUAUUGACGGAACUCAUGAGAUGGAUACACCUGUUAAAUAGGUGCAUUAAAAAGGAGACACACGUACACUUCAAGUGUCCAUACUUAAAAGGGACCUCUCUAUUUUGGGCCCAAAUCCAUCUGUCCCUCUUUUUUAUCCUAAUGUACGUUUUUUUUCAAGGAGCUCCAUAAUGUUAGUGUGUCUGAGUAUAUAACAGAGCUCCACAGCAAUAGUACUCACAGUAAUGUGCUUUUAAACUACAAUGAAUGUGUUUAGAAAGCAUUCUGUGUAAAUAAGAUACAUUGUUCUAAAUUAAAUAUUAGUUCUAUAAAUUGUUAUUAAAGGGAUCCUAUAGUGCCAGGAGAACAAACCCGUUUUCCUGGCACUAUAGGCCCUUGGAGUGCCCCCCUCCCUUGUGACCCCCCUAUCUCAGCGCAAAAGGCUUUAAAACCCCUUCAGCCACUUUCCUUAAUCCAGCGCCUCGGUGCUGGUAACCUCUCCUCCCCUGCCGAUGUCAGCUCCCGAGUGGUGCCGAAUGCACAUGCGCGGCCAGAGGUGUGCCCGCAUUUGAAGCCACUAGAGGCUGGAUUAGCCCUGCAGUGUGAAAAUAGCAGUUUCACUGAAACUGCUAUGUUUUCAGCUGCAGAGUUAAAACUAGGGGGACCUGGCACCCAGACCACUUAAUUGAGCUGAAGUGGUCUGGGUGCCUUUAGUGGUCCUUUAAUAAAUCACCUAAAAUUUUGAUCAACAGGCCCCACCCCCACUCACAGUCCUAAAAUUAGAGUGUUAAAUUUUGUCAAUUUAGAAUGUUGGGUAGUAUGGAUAUAACACUCUCAUCAGCAAAGCUUGGCUAGGGUGCAUCCAUCUCAACUGCGCUAAUACUAAACCCUAUUUACUAAUUAAAACAAGGAAAAAUUGAUUUUGAAGUUUAGUGAUACUGUAGCUGGCAAUAGUAUGUUUGUUUAUAUGUACGUGUUUGCUUGUAGUGAUGUUUGGAUAAAAGCUUUACCAUUAACCAUACACUUUGCAUGUUUUGCUUUGCUCUAUAGUGUAUAUUUUGUAUCAAAUCACAGGAUUAUAUGCAGGCUGGCAGAACUUCAGAACUAUUAUUAUCCUUACGUUAUAAAAUAUAUAUUUCCACUACCCAUUUUGUUAUCAAUUAUUUACGUUUUAAAGUGUUCCUCUUAAGCUAGUCACAUUCUUUCCUAGAAAGUUGCGUGUAUUUUCCAUUGUUAAAUAAAAUAUAACAAUAUGUAACUCUGUGUGCACGAGAGAGAGGAGUUUGGAGGUUUUUUAAUAACAGUAUGAAAAGAUAUAGCUACAUGGAGAAAAAAAAAGCUGACCAGUAAGAUGUAGCCCCUCCCAGAAGCCUUUGCUCCUUCACACUAAACUCUGAAUUCCAGUGAAUUUAAUCUGAAUUGCAAAACUGAGGCUAAGAUAGCAGAUUUGGAGAUUUGGCGACUUCAGCCUCAAUAUUGUCGUUUAGAUGCUAUUUGCUAAACGUUCGAGUUUAGUGCAUUCACAGGGCUGGCGAAGAUGCGUUUUGCGUGCCUCCUUACCCCCAAAAAAGUAUCUUCACCUCUGUGUCUCGUAGCCCCCCUUUUGAAUUUCUUACCCCAUUAGUGUUUCAUAUCCCCUCUCUUGAAUGUCUUGCACCUUUGUGCCUUAUACCCCCCUUUAUUGUGUCUCUUACAACCCUUGUUAUGUAUUUCUUACUUCCCCGCCAGCCCCUUUGUGUCCCUUUCUUCCCCUCAGCCCCUAUCUGUCUUUCUCCCCCUCCCCCAGCCCCUAUCUAUCUCUCUUUCUCCCAUAUAGACAUACAUACAGGCAAAAAUACAUUUAUGCACAAAUACACAAACAUACAGACACAUAACAUAAAAAUUGGCAUUUAUGUGAUUAUGUCACAUUGUGUGUGUGUGUGUGUAGUUGUUUUACAGUGUGUGUAUAGCUGUGUCAGUGUGUGUGCGUGUAGCUGUAUCACAGUGUGUGUUUGUGUGUGUGUAGCUGUGUCACAAUGUGUGUGUAUAUCACAGUGUGUGUGUGUGUGUGUUUGCAUGUGUCAGUGUGUAUAUAUGUAACUGAGUGUUAAUGUGUAUGUAUACAUGUGUGAGUAUGUGGGUCAGUGUGUGUGUGUGUCAUGGUGUGCAUCUGUGUAUGUGUAUACAUGUCAGUGUGUGUGCAUCUGCGUAUUAAGGUGCAUGUGUGUGUUACUCUGCGUGUAUCUUAAUUCAGGAACAAGGCCUUCCCUCUGGAAAUGUGAGCCCGAGAUUUAAAAUUUUUAGAAUACACAGGCUUUCAAAGACUGUGCCACAUGACCGCCGUGGACUAUAUAGUUGCAUUUGAUGUCUCGGAGAAGAUGACUCUUAAACCGGGAGAUUUAUUUCGGUAUCUCCAACUUAAAGAUUUUGUAAGCCAAACUUAAACACAUGUGCCUUCAGGAGUCAAUUCACAGGGGUCUGGUCUCCUCUCUUUACACUCACAUAGCAUCCAAUACUACGGAAUGGGGCAAACCAACCUGGUGGAGACGUUAGAGGGAAAUGACUGGCAGGACAUAUGGGAAGCCAAUACUGCUGUCUCGAUCUGCACAUCCAUCCAGGAACAAACAUAAGACUAUGUUUUGUUGGUACAUGACAGCAGUCCAGCUCUAGCAUGUGCAAAGCACCUGAUGACCUCUGUUGGAGAAAUUAUUGUAGCAAAGGGGCAUAUUUUCACAUGUGGUGGGACUGUCCAGUUGCAAAGACCUUCUGGCAAAUAGUGGGAGACCUCAUAGCACAGAUUUUUAAGCGUAGUAUUGCAAUAGAUCCUUGGGUCUUUUUGCUUUCCAGACCAAAAGACCAUUGGACGAGAUCAGACAAAGACUAUUGCAUAAAUUGACCCUAGCUGCUAGACGUGCCUUGGAGCAAACUUGGCUUAAACAAGACGUUCCCUUAUAUCCUUAGUUAUACAUAAAACAAAGAAUACCUGCCUCAUGGACAAAUUGACUGCUAUUGCCCGAGGGUCUCUAAAAAAGUGAAAAAAAGUGGAUGGUUGAGUGGGCAUGCAGAGACUCUCCUCCGCCCUGAAGGAUCCCCCCCCCCCCCAUGAAACCAGUUACACCCCUUCAUAUUGACCUUAUAGAUGGUUACCUCAUAGGGAUUUUCACCAGCCCCCUGCCACCACCCCCUCCUGUGGCGUCACGCUCAUGGUGGGUGCGGAUUUCGAAGAGCCACCACCAGUGGCGUACUAAGGGGGGGGGGGGCGGUCCGCCCCGGGUGCCAGCCGGGUGGGGGGUGCCAUGGCCAGCCCCCCGCCCCCCAUGCUGCAGCCGCCCGAGCGCUCUGCAGAGAGCCUCAGGCGGCUGCAGCUUUGCCCGGGCGGUGCAUCCAUGAGGGCGGACCGCACCGCCCGGGCGCAGCCUGAGGAGAGGCUGACAGGGAGGAGCGCUCCUGUCAGCUCCCUCACUGCAGCAUGUUAGUCCGACGGGUACAGGGGAGUGUUCCUGUGCUUGCCGGACUAACAGGAAGGGACACUGAGGUUCACUUCCUGUUAGUCCGGCCAGGAACAAAAGCUCCCGUACCCGCCGGCUAUACUGGGAUCGGCCACGCCACAGGGAGGUAGGGGAGGGGAGAAAGAGAGAUAAGGGGGGUGAGAAAGAAAUAAGGGGGUGAGAAAGAGAAAUAGGGGGUGAGAAAUAAGGGGGGUGAGAAAGAGAAAUAUGGGGUAGUGAGAAAUAAGGGGGGGUGAGAAAUAAGGGGGGGUGAGAAAUAAGGGGGGGUGAGAAAGAGAAAUAAGGGGGGGUGAGAAAGAGAGAUAAGGGGGGGUGAGAAAGAGAGAGAAAUAAGGGGGGGUGAGAGAGAGAAAAGGGGGGGUGGGUGAGAGAGAAAGGAGGGGGGGUGAGAAAGAAAUUGGGAGGAGGAGAAGGAAAUUGGAGCGGGAGGAGAGAUUGACAUUCAUCACAUACACACAAUGCACCCCUUGCACACAGAAAAACACACAAACACACAUACACAAGCAAUGCAACCGUUACACACAAUGCAUCCCUUACACACACAGAAACACACAAUGCAUUCAUUACACACACUCAAUGCACCCCUUACACACAUUCAAUGCAUCCCAUACAUACACAGAAACACACCUUGCAGCCCUUACACAUACAAACACAAUUUCACACAAUGCAUUCCUUACACACAUAUCAGGACAUCCCCCACACACUCCACCCCCUGUGAACAAACUCAUUGGUGGAACAUGAAGGUGGACCCUGGGACCCAGACCUUGAGCUGUGUAAAGGACCCCAAAAAAUGGAGCUGCUUCCCGUUCUCCCAGAACAUUGAUUUUUGUGACCACAGUUACAAACCGCCUCCAGAGAGCCUGUUCUGCACCAGACCAGUGGAGCCAGACUGCAGCUAGAGCCCAUCAUCAUCCUCAUCUGGUUGUAAGUAGGCAAUCUAGUAUAUUAUUCGUGGCACUAAGCUCUAAUUUACCUCACAUUAAAGAAACACUAUAGUCCCCAGAACCACUUCAGCUUAAUGUAGUGGUUCUGGUGUCUAUAGCCUGUCCCUGCAGGCCUUUUAAUGUAAACACGGCGGCACUGCAGCACUGGCGUUAGUUAACAUGGCAAAUCAUAUGGCUGGGGCAUUGUGAUGUCACAUGGGGGGCGGCAAACUUUACUUUUGCCUAGGGCGGCAAAAAUCCUUGUACUGGCCCUGGCUGGAGGGGGCUGUGUGAGCUGUGGCCGCACAGUGUCCCAUGGUAGUUAGGAAAUGUGUAUGUGUGACUGUCUGCCUGUGACUGUGUGUGACUGUCUGCCUGUAACUGAGUGUGUGACUGUCUGUAACUGAGUGUGUGACUGUGUCUGUAACUGAGUGUGUGACUGUCUGCCUGUAAAUGUGUGUGUGGGGCUGCAGGGAUUUUGUAGAAGGGGGUGGGGGUUUUGUAUUGGGACAGGAGUCUUUAUAAGGGGGGAUAAGCAGGGGAUUUGUGGAAGGGGGUUGCGGGGUUUUGUAGAUGGGGCAGUACAGGAUUUGUAGAAGGGGCAGGACAGAGGUUUUGUAGGAGGGGCAGGGCAGGACAAGGGUUUUGUAGGAGGGGCUGACAGCGGUUUUGCAAAGUUUACAAAUUGUAAAAAUAAAAGAAAUAAAACCUUUAACUUUUUUUUUUUUGGAGGGGGUGGGGGCCAAGCACAGGAUCCGCCCCGGGUGCCAAAUGCUCUAGGUACGCCCCUGGCCACCACCUCUAUUCCUUUACCUCUCUCCUGUCUUUAUCUACUUGUUCCGUAUUCCUCUCUUCUCCUACUGUAAUUACGCAUCCAUAAGAGACACAAGUGUCUUAAAGCACAAUACGACCUCACGUGUCUAGAGGAGGUAGCAUUCUAGUCAGCUCUGACCUUUAGUAAAUUUGCCAAUGUUACAUGUCUAUGUCUGUCUAAUUAGUUUACCAGGGAGAGAGACUUUUUAAUUUUAAACUGCCAGCUUUUGUAGUUGAUUAUUGUAAAGGAUCCUUGCAUACGUGCAGCGAUGAUCCUUGCAGCUUCUCCCGAAAUCCCGCUGGAACAGAGUGAUUAUAGCUUCCAAUUCCCCAAACAUGAGUCGAGACUUCAUGAAGGGGUAAAACGAUCUGAUUUACUGUGGGCUACCCGCCCAGUAUUUAUGCAGGUCUUCCACCUGGUGGACACUCCCCUAGGGGACCAGAUGGAAGACUGGGACAGAAGUAAUACAGUAGCCAAUCACAGUGGCUAUAGGAUAAACACUCCCCUUUACACAAAUCACUCCCUCUUUCCCAUCCUGGAGAUAAUUAGAUUAAGGUAGCAGAGUGAGCCGUAAUUAUCUCCAGAAGGAAAGAAACAUGCCUUUUUGUAUUUAGCAAAAACAGAAUAAAAAUACAUAACUUUCUUUUUAUAUAACAUAAACUUUAAGUUCCACACAUCCCCAGAUAGCUUGGAUCUGAGUGCAUAUUCUAGGCGAAUAGCGCUCAGAUCCCACGAACACAGGUCCCAGAAUCGUCGACUGAAGUUCGACUUUCCCUGGCCGUUCGUGUGUUUGUAACCGAUUGCCAGUCCUCUAUUAUAGCUAUCUGGGGUCGAUCACUUUCGCAUAGUUUAACUCACGAAUGAAGCAUUAUCCCUUCAUUCGUAUGGUUCCACCGUAUGAACGAGGAUGGGUGAAGGUAGCAGCGGCGUUCGACAAAAUAUGUCGCUGAAAUCAGUUCCAGGGAAUCCUCACCAUUUGCCGCAGUGCGUUCGACAAAACCAAAAUGGCAAUUGCCACGUGUUCGGGAGGUGAACGCGGACCACCCGCUAUACCAAUUAGUUUGUGGUUAACCGCAACAGUCAGGGUGGUCAAUGAGUGCCACACGACCUCAGUGGGAGGUCGGUGGUUCGGUAGUUUGUUCGCAUUAUUUGAUAUUUUCACGAAAUCCUGUUGUAAUGCUCCAAAUAACCGAACAGGCUUGUCCGUGCAGGCUGUGAAUAGGGGAUUUCGUUACACAGCUCCCCCUUAGUCCCAUGGAACUGCAUACCUGCGUAGACCCUAACGGGUCGGCUAAGGGAUGUCCGGUAGCCCAGGAAGAACAAACAAAAAAAAAAAUAUUACUUUUCCAGUUCCGUUUGUCGGGACAGGCCAUCAGCAUUGGCAUUCUGUUUCCCGGGGCGAUACUGCAUUGUAAAGUUGUAGGGUUGCAGCGCCAAGCUCCAUCUGAGUAGUCUGGGGUUGUCACCAGCUACUCUGUUAAGCCAAAUUAAGGGGUUGUGGUCCAUCAGCACUGUGAAGGAGCGCCCAUACAGGUAGGGUUGUAGCUUCUUAAGUGCCCAAACUAAUGCCAGACACUCUUUCUCCACAGUGGCAUAGCUGACUUCUCGGGGUAGCAGUUUUCGGCUCAGAUACGCUACCGGGUGAUCCAUGCCAUCGUCUCCCACCUGGCUCAAUACUGCUCCCAGUCCAAACAUUGAGGCAUCUGUGUGGACGAGAAACCUUUUAGUAUGGUCAGGUGCCGCCAACACAGGAGAUGCACUUAAGGCAGCCUUGAGUUUCUGGAACGCCUCCUCACACUCAGGGGACCAGAUUACCUGUCGGGGUAGGGACUUUUUGGUGAGGUCUGUCAAGGGUUUGGCAAGGGCACUGUAUUCCGCUACAAACUUCCGGUAAUAACCUGCGGUGCCUAGGAACGCCAUGACCUGGGUUUUUGUCCUGGGUUGGGGCCACUGGGUAAUGGCCUCAAUCUUAGCGGGCUCUGGUCUCUGUUUCCCUGACCCUACUCGGUGGCCUAAAUAUUGGACUUCAGCCAUGCCCACGUGACAUUUCUCAGGCUUCAAGGUUAGCCCUGCAUUCUGAAUGCGGUUGAGCACUACUGAGAUGUGCUCCAGGUGGGCUUCCCAAGUGCCACUGAAGAUAGCUAUAUCAUCCAGGUACGCACAAGCGAAGCCCUGAAAUCCCUCUAGGAGCCGGUCCGCCAUCCUUUGAAACGUAGCUGGGGCAUUCUUCAUCCCAAAUGGCAUAACCUUAAACUGGUAUAGGCCAAAUGGGGUGACAAAUGCCGCUUUUGGAAUGGCCCCAGGCUCCAAAGGGAUUUGCCAAUAUCCCUUGCACAAAUCAAUAGUGGUCAAAUAAUUCCCCCCAGCCAUACGGUCUAGCAGUUCGUCUACUCUGGGCAUGGGGUAGGCAUCGGUAACGGUCCGAUCGUUUAACUUGCGGUAGUCCACGCAGAACCUUGUGGUACCGUCUUUUUUAGGAACCAUGACAACUGGGGAAGCCCAGGGGCUUUGGGACGGUUCUAUGACCCCCAGCUCUAACAUGUCCUGGAGUUCUGUUAACAUGCUUUCCCGUACUGCCUCUGGAAUUCGGUAAGGCUGCUGCCGCAGGGGUAACUGGCCUGGGGUCUCCACUCUGUGGACUGCCAGGGUCGUAUACCCUGGGGCUGCUGAAAACAUGCCCCCAAAUUCCUUUAGCAGUUGGGACGCCUGAGCUUGUUCCUCGGGCCCUAAUGCUGGACCCAACUGUACCUGGUCUACUCCUGUGGGUUUCUGAGGAAGCAUAUCUGGUAAGGGGAUAUUCUCGCUAUCUUCAUAUGCUGGAGCGCAUACCGCGGAGACCUCCUCUGGUCUCUCAAGAUAUGGCUUAAGCAUAUUUAUAUGAAAGGACCGCCGGAUCCUUUCAUCGGAACAGUCUGCCACAACGUACGUGGUAUCACUGAUCCGCUCUAUUACCGUGUAGGGGCCCUGCCAGGAUGCUUGCAACUUAUCUGUUUUGAUGGGUUUAAGCACUAGGACCUUCUGUCCUACUUCUAAUAUACGGUCUCUAGCUCCUUUGUCAUACCAGUGCUUCUGUCGUUGUUGGGCGGCUUGCAGGUUCUCCCGAACUGUUUCGGUCAGCGCCUGUAGUCGGUCCCUCAACUCUAACACAAAGGAGACUAUAGGGGUACCUGCUUGUUCUAUAUCACCUUCCCAAUGUUCCCGUACCAGAUCCAGGGGUCCCCGGACCCGUCUCCCGUAUAAUAGCUCGAACGGGGAGAAUCCGGUGGACUCCUGGGGAACUUCCCUAUAGGCAAAGAGCAAAUGAGGGAGGAACUUUUCCCAAUUCCUACAGGUCUCUGUGAACGUGAUGAGCAUUUGCUUAAGGGUGCCAUUAAAGCGUUCGCAGAGGCCGUUGGUUUGGGGGUGAUAGGGAGAACUUAAUAUGGGUUUUACCCCACAGCUCUGCCAGAGCUGCUGGGUAACCACCGCGGUGAAUUGGGUUCCCUGAUCUGACACUAUCUCUCUAGGGAAUCCCACCCUAGUGAACACCUGAACUAGGGCUUCCGCUACCGUUUCUGCAUGUAUAUUUGACAGGGCUAUAGCUUCGGGGUAGCGGGUAGCGUAGUCCACCACAGUAAGAAUGUAUUUCUUACCGGAUGGACUGGGUUUACUGAGUGGCCCGACUAAAUCGACUGCCACUCGGAAAAAUGGUUCCUCAAUAAUGGGUAGGGGACGUAGUUUUGCCCUGGGGUGAUCCCCUCUCUUCCCUACCUUUUGACAUACUUCGCAGGUCCUGCAAUUAUCCUGCAAAUCUCUAGUGACCCCUGGCCCGUUGGGCUUGCUCAAAGUCUUGAAGUGUACCCCAGUAAGAAGUGUGGUCAGGGGAAAUCGUCAGAGGGUUAUUGCUCACCUGGUCAUGGGUUGAGGGGGAGGCUUCCAUAGCUCGGGAUUGCUGCCGGGUGGUAACAGGUAGUGCUCCUUCGAUACUGCAGGCUGCCAAUUGGGACGUCAGGCAUCCUAGAUCGUUUCCCAGUAAUACUUCCGCGGGCAAAUCUGGCAUGAUGCCCACUUCCACGGCCUUGGCCCCUGAACCCCAAUCAAUGUGAACCCGGGCGGUUGGUAACUUGUGAAUUGCCCCUCCGGCCACCCUUACAGCAAUGGUGCGUCCGGUGUGCUGGGUCGGGGUGACUCGAUGUGGCUGAACCAAGGUAAUCGUAGCUCCACUGUCUCUUAGUCCCCGAGCUUCUUGCCCAUUGAGCUUUACCGACUGGCGAUGAUGCGCCCUGUUAUCCCCAGCCGCUUGGACAGGGUUCACCUCAUGCAAGGUGGCCCAAUUUUCACUAUUGCUACUGGGUGUCUCUUGAGUCAGAGGGUUGUAAUCCUCCUGCACACAGUGUGCAGCUGCUUUUGUUGGUGGUAUCGGUGCCCGCCCCCAGCGGUCUGUAGUGCGUUGUGGGCAAUUAGGUUUGAUGUGCCCCACUUGUUUGCACCCAUAACACAUUGGAGCGGUCUUUUGGUACCCCGGGGUUGUGGUAUUGCCCCCUGGAGGUGGUACCCUCUGGGGCAUAGUUGGCGGGGCAGAGGCAGGCCGCUGGCUCUGGGCCCCUCGGUUGCCAUCCAUCCGCCGGCUCUCAUGAAAUUCAUCUGCCAGCCUUGCUGCCUCUUCCACCGUUUUUGGCUUUCUGUCUCUGACCCAGUCUCUCACCUCCGCUGGGGUAUAAUCAAAAAAUUGUUCCAGUAAUAACAAUUGUACGGCAUCCUGAUUCCCCUGCAUCCAAUUACUGGCAGCGCGUUGCAUACGAAAUGCCCACUCCGUAUAUGAAUCUUUUCCUUGUCUUCUGAGCGCCCUGAACUUCCUUCUAUGGGCUUCAGGGGUUACAGCAUACCGGGCUAACAAAAUCUCUUUUAUCUUGUCAUAGUUUUGUAUAUCCCCAUCUGGCACAGCUCUCAACGCUUCGGCUGCUCUUCCUGAUAAUUUGCUACCUAUUACUGCAGCCCAGUUAGCUCUUUCCAAAUUUUCUAAUACACAUUGUCUUUCAAAAUCUUGCAAGUAGUUAUCAAUAUCCAUCUCACCUUCCACGAAGCUUUUAAAUGCAGCGUAGUUAAUUUUCUGCUGCCGCCCCAUUGUAGAUCCAGAUAGCGACAUUAUAUCCACUGGAGGUGAUCUGUCUCUGGCUUCUCGUGCUUCCCUGGCGUUCUGGGACUCUGUAGCUUGUGCCAAGAUCUGUACCACGAUCUCUGGUGCCGGGUUAGGUCCUACCAGGCUAAGUCUCCAUCUCACAUCCCUCUGGAACUCUGAUUCCUCUGUAUUCGCCAUUUGUGGUUCGCCGGUUUGAUCGCUCUCCAGUAGUUCGGCUAUUAACGUGGCUUUCGGUUUGUUGCUUGCCACUAUGCCUCGAGCUUCCAGCAGUUCCUUCAGUGUAGUUCGUUUCAACCGUUCGUAUCUAUGCGCCAUUCACUGCUUGUUUCAAUUCGUUACGUCCGUUCGGGAGGAAAUCCCGCCGCUUGCCACCAGUGUAAAGGAUCCUUGCAUACGUGCAGCGAUGAUCCUUGCAGCUUCUCCCGAAAUCCCGCUGGAACAGAGUGAUUAUAGCUUCCAAUUCCCCAAACAUGAGUCGAGACUUCAUGAAGGGGUAAAACGACCUGAUUUACUGUGGGCUACCCGCCCGGUAUUUAUGCAGGUCUUCCACCUGGUGGACACUCCCCUAGGGGACCAGAUGGAAGACUGGGACAGAAGUAAUAUAGUAGCCAAUCACAGUGGCUAUAGGAUAAACACUCCCCUUUACACAAAUCACUCCCUCUUUCCCAUCCUGGAGAUAAUUAGAUUAAGGUAGCAGAGAGAGCCGUAAUUAUCUCCAGAAGGAAAGAAACAUGCCUUUUUGUAUUUAGCAAAAACAGAAUAAAAAUACAUAACUUUCUUUUUAUAUAACAUAACCUUUAAGUUCCACACAUCCCCAGAUAGCUUGGAUCUGAGUGCAUAUUCUAGGCGAAUAGCGCUCAGAUCCCACGAACACAGGUCCCAGAAUCGUCGACUGAAGUUCGACUUUCCCUGGCCGUUCGUGUGUUUGUAACCGAUUGCCAGUCCUCUAUUAUAGCUAUCUGGGGUCGAUCACUUUCGCAUAGUUUAACUCACGAAUGAAGCAUUAUCCCUUCAUUCGUAUGGUUCCACCGUAUGAACGAGGAUGGGUGAAUGUAGCAGCGGCGUUCGACAAAAUAUGUCGCUGAAAUCAGUUCCAGGGAAUCCUCACCAUUUGCCACAGUGCGUUCGACAAAACCAAAAUGGCGAUUGCCACGUGUUCGGGAGGUGAACGCGGACCACCCGCUAUACCAAUUAGUUUGUGGUUAACCGCAACAGUCAGGGUGGUCAAUGAGUGCCACACGACCUCAGUGGGAGGUCGGUGGUUCGGUAGUUUGUUCGCAUUAUUUGAUAUUUUCACGAAAUCCUGUUGUAAUGCUCCAAAUAACCGAACAGGCUUGUCCGUGCAGGCUGUGAAUAGGGGAUUUCGUUACAAUUAUUGAUUUCCUAUUGCCUACUCUCUUCUCUAACUUACAUGUGGACAGCAUUUAUUCUCUGAAGAUUCACUAGAAGCAUUUGAGAUAUUGGAUAUAUAUAUCCAUAUCUUUGUUGCUAUAUCCCAUCAGUCAUUACCAAUCUAUUAUAAUUUUUUUUUAAAUAUCUCUAAAGAAUAUUACAACUGGUACAUCUAGCAUUCCCUGAGGCAGGGCCGGACUGGGGAUACGAAGCAGCCCUGGAAAAAAAUCUAUGCCAGCCCCAUAAGUCUUUGGGCUAUGUAGGGUGUUUUUUUUUAUAUAUAUUUCAAUUGCCUAGAUAUAUAUAUAUAUAUAUAUAUAUAUAUAUAUACCUAGGCAAUUGAAAUAGUUGGCUGCACUCUCGGAUUUCCUUUCAAUUUAACUUUUAUUGAAAUAUUUAAGAGAAGAUCAACGUUUCAGUCCCUCUUGUGGACUUGUAUCAGGAUCAUAACGAAUGUCCACAAGAGGGACUGAAACAUUGAUCUUCUCUUAAAUAUUUCAAUAAAAGUUAAGUUUUAAGGAAAUCUGAGAGUGCAGCCAACUAUUUCAAUUGCCUGGAUACUGGAGCCAUGGUGAUGCAAUGUAUAGUGAUACAUUUCUUCUUCUAAUUCAAAAUAUUAGUUCUUUUAGGGUAAUUAAAUUAUACAGUAAAGCAUACUGACACACAGACAAUCUUACUGAUGCACACAAAUAGGCUCAUUUACAGACAAUCUCAAUGACACACACAGACAAGGGUACUGGCACACACACAAAUUUAGUACAGACAAACUCUGAUACACACACAAGCUUACUACAGACAAGCUCACUGUCACACACACACGCUCACUACAGACAAGCUCACUGAUGCGCACACACUCUCCCUACAGAUAAGCCCAUUGACACACACAUGCUCCGUACAGAAGAGCUCACUAACACACAGAUUCAUUAAAGAACAAGCUCACUGACACACACAUGCUCACUACAGACAAGCUCACUGACACACAUAUGGUCACUACAGACAAGCUCACGACCACACUCAUGCUUACUACAGACAAGCUCACUGUACACACAUGCUCACCACAGACAGGCUCCGACACACCCAUGCUCCUUACAGACAAGCUCACUAACACACACACACACACAGGGGCAGACUGAGAGCCUUUGGGGCCCCCGGGCAAAAUUAGAUCCCAGGCCCUUUGAAGGCCAAAUAUAUGUGCAUUAAAUAAAUGUUAAAUAUAACUCAUAAUACGGCAUUCCUUUGGAUGUGUAUAUUGUGAAGACCUGUGUAUCAAUGCAUGUUUGUAUUUGAGUCUGUGUGAAUGCACUUGUGCAUGUCUGGAUGACUACAUGUGCUUUUUAUAUAUAGUGUCUGUGUGAAUGCAUAUGUGACAGGUGACAGAGUGUAUGAGGGAGAAGGUGACAGGUGGAAGAGUGUGGGAGGUUGUGACAGGUGGCAGAGUGAGGGGGUACCUGGUGGCAGAGUGAGGGAAGGAGGGGUUGAGUGGUGGCAGAGUGAGGGGGAGACACAGUGAGUGGGGGUGACUGGUGACAGAGGAAGGGAGAGGGGGUGACUAGUGUCAGAGUUAGGGAAUGGGUGACUAGUGGCAGAGUGGGGGAGGGAGGGAAGAGAUGACUAGUGGCAAAGUGAGGGAGGGAAGAGGUGACUGGUGACAGAGGGAGGGAGUGACUAGUGACAGAGGGAGGGAGUGACUAGUGACAGAGAGAGGGAAGGGGUGACUGUCACUAGUCACCCCCUCACUCUGUCACUAGUCACCCCCUCUGUCCCUAGUCACCCCCUUCCUCACUCUGUCACUAGUCACCCCAUCCCUCUCUCUGUCACUAGUCACCCCAUCCCUCUCUCUGUCACUAGUCUCUCCCUCCCUAACUCUGUCACUGUGAAGGAAGGGGUGACUGGUGACAGAGUGAGGGGAUGACUGGUGACAGAGUGAGGGAAGGGAUGACUAGUGGCAGAGUGAGGGAAGGAAGGGAUGACUGGUGACAGAGUGAAGGAAUGACUGGUGACAGAGUGAGAGAGGGGGUGACUAGUGACAGAGUGAGAGAGGGGGUGACUAGUGACAGAGUGAGGGAGGGAGUGGGUGACUAGUGACAGAGUGAGGAAGGGGUGACACAGUGACAGAGUGAGGAAGGGCACCCCAGUGACACAGUGACAGAGUGAAGGAGGUGGUGACUGUCACUAUUCACCCCAUCCCUCCCUCUGUCACUAGUCACUCCCUCCCUCACUCUGUCACUAGUAACUCCCUAUCUUUGUCACUAGUCACCCCCUCCCUCUCUCUGUCACUAGUCACACCCUCCCUCACUCUGUCACUAGAGUGAGGGGGUGACUAGUGGCAGAGUGAGGGAAGGAAGGGGUUACUAGUGACAGAGUGAGGGGAUGACUGGUGACAAAGUGAGGGAGGGAGUGGGUGACCAGUGACAGAGGGAGGGAGGGAGGGAGUGGAUGACCAGUGACAGAUGGAGGGGGUGACACAGUGACAGAGAGAGGGAGGGGGUGACUAGUGACAAAGAUAGGGAGGGAGUUACUAGUGACAGAGUGAGGGAGGGAGUGACUAGUGACAGAGGGAGGGAUGGGGUGACUAGUGACAGUCACCACCUCCUUCACUCUGUCACUGUGUCACUGGGGUGCCCUUCCUCACUCUGUCACUGUGUCACCCCUUCCUCACUCUGUCACUAGUCACCCACUCCCUCCCUCACUCUGUCACUAGUCACCCCCUCUCUCACUCUUUCACUAGUCACCCCCUCUCUCACUCUGUCACCAGUCAUUCCUUCACUCUGUCACCAGUCAUCCCUUCCUUCCCUCACUCUGCCACUAGUCAUCCCUUCCCUCACUCUGUCACCAGGCAUCCCCUCACUCUGUCACCAGUCACCCCUUCCUUCCUUCACAGUGACAGAGUUAGGGAUGGGGUGACUAGUGACAGAGGGAGGGAGGGAGGGAGUGGAUGACCAGUGACAGAUGGAGGGGGUGACACAGUGACAGAGGGAGGGAGGUGGUGACUGUCACUAGUCACCACCUCCCUCACUCUGUCCCUAGUCACCCCUCCCUCUGUCACUAGUCACCCCCUUCCUCACUCUGUCACUAGUCACCCCCUUCCUCACUCUGUCACUAGAGUGAGGGGGUGACUAGUGGCAGAGUGAGGGAAUAAACGGGUGACUAGUGACAGAGUGAGGGAGGUGGUGACUGUCACUAGUCACCACCUCCCUCACUCUGUCACUAGUCACCUCAUCCCUCCCUCUGUCACUAAUCACAACCUCCCUCACUCUGUCACUAGUCACCCCCUCCCUCUCUCUGUCACUAGUCACACCGUCCCUCACUCUGUCACUAGAGUGAGGGGGUGACAGGUGACAGAGUGAGGGAAGGGGUGACUAGUGGCAGAGUGAGGGGAUGACUGGUGACAGAGUGAGGGAGGUGGUGACUAGUGACAAAGUGAGGGAGGUGGUGACUGUCACUAGUCACCACCUCCCUCUGUCACUAGUCACCCCCACCCUCUCUGUGUCACUAGUCACACCCUCCCUCACUCUGUCACUAGAGUGAAGGGGUGACAGGUGACAGAGUGAGGGAAGGGGUGACUAGUGGCAGAGUGAGGGAAGGAAGGGGUGACUAGUGACAGUGAGGAAGGGGGUGACACGGUGACAGAGUGAGGGAGGGGGUGACACAGUGAAGGAGGGGGUGACUGUCACUAGUCACCCCAUCCCUCCCUCUGUCACUAAUCAUCACCUCCCUCACUCUGUCACUAGUCACACCCUCCCUCACUCUGUCACUAGAGUGAGGGGGUGACAGGUGACAGAGUGAGGGGGUGACAGGUGACAGAGUGAGGGAGGGGGUGACUAGUGACAGUGAGGGAGGUGGUGACUGUCACUAGUCACAACCUCCCUCACUCUGUCCCUAGUCACCCCUCCCUCUGUCACUAGUCACCACUUCCCUCCCUCACUCUGUCACUAGUCAUCCCCUCCCUCACUCUGUCACUAGAGUGAGGGGGUGACUAGUGACAGAGUGAGGGAAGGGGUGACUAGUGGCAGAGUGAGGAAAGGAAAGGGUUAUUAGUGACAGAGUGAGGGAGGUGGUGACUGUCACCAGUCACCACCUCCCUCCUUCUGUCACUACUCCCUCCUUCUGUCACUAGUCACCCCCUCUGUCCCUUACUCUGUCACUAGUCACCCCCUAACUCACUCUGUCACUAGUCAUCCCCCUAACUCACUCUGUCACCAGUCAUCCGCUCACUCUGUCACCAGUCAUCCCUUCCUUCCCUCACUCUGCCACUAGUCACCCCUUCCCUCACUCUGUCACCAGUCAUUCCCUCACUCUAGUGACAGAGUGAGGGAGGGUGUGACUAGUGACAGAGUGAGGGAGAGGGUGACUAGUGACAGAGUGAGGGAGUGAUUAGUGACAGAGUGAAGGAGGGAAUGGGUGACUAGUGACAGAGUGAGGGAGAGGUGACUAGUGACGGGGGGGUUACCUGUGAGGGAGGGUGUGACUAGUGACAGAGGGAGGGAGAUGGUGACUAGUGACAGAGGGAGGGAGAUGGUGACUAGUGACAGAGGGAGGGAGAUGGUGACUGUCACUAGUCACCCCAUCCCUAACUCUGUCACUAGUCAUCCCCUCACUCUGUCACUAGUCACCCACUCCCGCACUCUGUCACUAGUCACCCCCUCCCUCUGUCACUGUGUCACCCUAUUCUUCCCUCUGUCACUGUGUCACCCCAUCCCUCCCUAUGUCACUAUUCAUCCCCUCCCUUACUCUGUCACUAAUCACCCCGUCCCUCACUCUGUCACUAGUCACCCCCUCCCUCUGUCACUGAUCAUCCCCUCCCUCACUCUGUCACUAGUCACCCACUCACUCUAGUGACAGAGUGAGGGAGAGGGUGACUAGUGACAGAGUGAGGGAGGGGGUGACUAGUGACAGAGUGAGGGAGGGAAGGGGUGACUAGUGACAGAGUGAGGGAGGGGGAUACUAGUGACACAGUGGGGGGGGUGACUAGUGACAGAGUGAGGGAGGGGGUUACUAGUGACACAGUGGGGGGGUGACUAGUGACAGUGGGGGGGGUGACUAGUGACAGUGAGGGGUGAUUAGUGACAGUGAGGGGGUGACUAGUGACAGUGAGGGGGGGUGACUAGUGACAGUGAGGGGGGUGACUAGUGACAGUGAGGGGGUGACUAGUGACAGUGAGGGGGGAUGGAGGGUGACUAGUGACAGUGAGGGGGGGGUGGAGGGUGACUAGUGACAGUGAGGGGGGGUGGAGGGUGACUAGUGACAGUGAGGGGGGAUGGAGGGUGACUAGUGACAGUGAGGGGGUGAGAGUGACUAGUGACAGUGAGGGGGGGAUGGAGGGUGACUAGUGACAGUGAGGGGGGGUGGAGGGGUGACUAGUGACAGUGAGGGGGAGGGUGACUAGUGACAGUGAGGGGGGGUGGAGGGUGACUAGUGACAGUGAGGGGGGGUGGAGGGUGACUAGUGACAGUGAGGGGGGAUGGAGGGUGACUAGUGACAGUGAGGGGGGUGGAGGGUGACUAGUGACAGUGAGGGGGGAGGGGGUGAUUAGUACCUACCUGUGUCUCUGCUCCCUCUGCUCUCUCCCAGGCUGCUGCUCCUUCCCCUCGCUGGGCUCUGUGUGAGAGGAGUAAACAGGAAGUGAUGUCACUUCCUGGCCCCUCUCCCCAUCACACAGAGCACCGCGUGGGACAGGGAGAAGGAGACCUGGCAGAGAGGGAGAGGAGGUGAAGCUGCCAGGUCUCAUGGGAGGAGGGGGGGCUGCAUCAGGGGCCCCACAACCUAUCAAUUAAAAAGUUGUUGUUUUUUUUGCCGUUCCAGUUGGAGAGAUCUCUGAUCUGAUCUCUCCAGCUGGAGCAUGGCUGUGCUGCCGGGCCCCUGACUGCCUCGGGCCCUGGUCAGUCCGCCCCUGCACACACACAUAUGAUCCCUACAGAAAAGCUCACUGACACACAUACAAGCUCACUCACUAGCAGGCACACACACACACACACACAAACUCACUAGCAGGCACACACACACAGAGGCUCCCUCACUAGUAGAUGCGCGCGCACACACACACACACACACAGAGGCAGACAGUCACUGACACCGAGGCAAACAUCCACACAUACAGAGACAGGCAGACAGCCACACACACACACAGACAGACAGUCACACACACACAGGCAGACAGCCACAUACACAGGCAGACAACCACACACACACACACCGGCAGACAGUCACACACUCACAGGCAGACAGUCACACACACACAGGCAGUCACACACACAGACAGUCACACACACACACACACACACAGACAGUCACAGGCAGAAAGUCACACACACACACAGUCACACAAACAGGUAGACAGUGACACACACAUGCAGUCAUACACACAGUCACACAGACACAGACAGUCAUACAUACAGACAGUAAUACAUACAGACAGUCACACACACAGACAGUCUCACACACACAUACUGUCACACACACAGACAGUCACACACACACACACACACAGCCAGUCACUGACUGUCACACACACAGUCACACACACAGACACACACAGGCAGUCACACACUCAGUCACACACACAGACAGACACACACACUCACAGGCAGUCACACACAGACACACUGACCUCCUUCUUACCUCCUGCUUGGAGCUCCUGGAGGCUGGUUGUUGAGGAAGCAGGGACUCCUUCCUGCUUCCCAUGCUGCAGUUAGCCAGGCCCCCGCUGCACAGUAAGCUCCGCCCCUGCCGCAUGCUAAGCCACGCCCCCGCCUGAAAUUAUUAUUAUUUCUUUAUGAUCCCGGCCGGCCAGCUGUGCCGGCCACCUGGCUGCUCCCAUGGGGUCCUGUACGGUCGCACAGCUCACACAUAGCCGGGAUUACAGGAGCCUGAGCAAUGAUUAGGGCUGUCAGCCCAGCCCCAGGUGCCGCGGCCCACCGGAAAAUUUCCCGGUAUCCUGGUGGGCCAGUUCGGCCAUGUUCUUCACUUCAUAGUUUUAACACCAAUUGUAGCCAAAUUUAGCCAUACAUUUUAUGUUUUAUUUUUUUUCUUCACAUACCUUUAGAAAUAUAAAAGUGAAAUUCACAAGUGUUGUGUGUUCUAGUAGUUAAAAGACCCCACAUUUUUAUUCAUUCUGCAUCUCCAGAGUAGGGCCGGUGCAAAUAUUUUUGGCUACACUGGCAAAGACACAUAAAGUGAGGACUGCUAUAUAUAUAAAGCUGAUUGAGUUUCUUCCAUUGAUGCAUCAAGUUAAUUUAAUAUCACUUUUUCUUUUUCUGUAUUUUCAGGAGUAUCAUUUUACAUUUGAUGGAGUUUUCAAUUUUAGUAAGGAUCAGGUAUGUCCAAUAACAGUUUAAUGUAUAAUUAAGGAUAAAAAAAUGUAUUUUACCUAUUUUCACAGCCCUCGGCCACCAUUUUGGCAGGUCUAAUGUCUAGAUAGUUUGGAUGGGAUCCUCAUGUAGGAUCCUCAGGGAUGUAAUAAAUGUCAUGGACAAUGUGCUAGACAAAAAAAAGAAGGGUGAUCUCUCAUGUUCAUAUGUGUCAAGGUGAUAUGAUGACCACUAGGAGAGCUGAUCAGGGCUGACAAUAUGCUAAUAGUUUUUCCCAGAUGGACUUAAAUGCAAUGGAUUUCAAUACAAGAGCAGCACAAGUGUACCUCACAACAUAUUAAUGGGAAAAAGAUGUACACGUUCAUUUUAGGGGUGUAAGUGGGUGUGGGUGUAAGGGUGUGGCCAGAGUCGGGCUCUUAUGAGAAAAUGUAGGCUAGUAAUAGCAAUUUAUUCAACUAAAAUAUAAUUUAGAACAGGAUUAAAUCAUCUUAUUUCCACAGACUGAUUUUAACACAUUUAUUCUAGUUUAAACACACAUUACAGCGAGUAUUGAUGUGGACUUCAUUUAUACACUCUCAUAGACCAACAAUACGGAGCUGCUAGAAAAGAUGGUCAUUAGGAUAGAAAAGAGGGACAGAGGGAUUUGGGCCCAACAUAGGGAAUGCCCCUCCUAAAUAGGGACACUUGGGAGGUAUUCAAGUGCUGGUAAUCAUGCAUUUGAGCUGUUGGUUAAGUGAAUUGGUGGAUCUGAUCAGAGGUUUAUAGGAUACAUUAUUCAGUCGACACCUGCAAUUCCAUUUUCUAGUGUGAAAAUGCUUUAUAAACUAAACUCAGCCUGAGCACAGCCAUAUCUUGUGUUGUCCAGAGCUAGAGAGAAGGAGGAGAAAUAUCCUUGCCUCCGUGACUGAGAUCAUCAGAAUUGACAAGCUCUGUCAAUCCAAUGCUUUCCCACAGGAAAGCAUUGGAAGGCUGUUGCAAAAUACCACACUGCGCCAAUCAGUAUUUCCUCAUAGAGCGCUUUGAAUCAAUGCAUCUCUAUGGGGAACAUACAGAGCCUUCAUGCAGAGCAGGAAGCACCUCUACUGGCUGUUUGAAAAGGCAGCAUUUAUAUUAAAAAGCCUGCAGAGUCAGGCUAUAGACACCAGAACAACUACUUUAGCUGUAUUCUGGUCACUAUAGUGUCCCUUUAAAACCACCUGCCUAAUAUCAUGUAAGUCCCUCUCAUGCUGCCAAAAGAACUCUGAUGUGUCAUGUACUUUACAAGACUUCUGAACAUGUUCUGAUGCCUUCAUGGAUUGGCUUUGUUGUUCCAGCACAUCGUACAGUUGUUCAAUAGGAAUAAGAUGUGGCCAAGGCAACACAUAGAACUCUUUGUGAUAUUACUCAAACCUUUUAUGAAUAAGUUUUGCGUGGCAGAGUGUAUUAUACUGCUGAAAACGGUUACUGUCAUCUGGAACACAAUUAGCACGAAGAGGUGCACAUGAUCUGCAGCACUCUCUAAUUAGGUGGUAUGUGUCAAUGUAGCGCCCACAUGAAUGCGGGAACCCACGGUGUAUUGCACAGAGCACAACAUUGCCUCCAUCAGCUUGUCUUCUUCCCAUAGUGCAUCCAGCUGUCAUCUCUUCCUAAGUUAAAUGAUGAACAGGCACCCAGCCAUCCACCUGAUGUAAAAGAAAUUGUGAUGGACCCCUUGGAUGGCGGCCCCGGCGGUUUGCCGAACGGACCGGGGCCGCAAAAGAUUAUGGCGGCGGAUACCCGGUCACAGGGGUCCACAGGGCGGCCAUGCCCCCUGGAGUGGCAGGCCCAGUCGCAGCUGUGACCCCUGCGACCGCGGUAUGUACGCCGCUGCAUCAUGGGCACUCUGACCGGUCUGUAGCUAUGCAACCCCCAACACAGCCUACUAUGAUGCACUGUGUGUUCUAAAACAUUUCUAGCAUACCCAACAUUAAGUUUUUCAGCAAUUUGAGCUACAAUACCUCUUUUCUGUGAUUGGUCCAAAUGGGCUAGCCUUUACUCCCGACGUGCAUUAAUAAGCGUUGGGCGCCCGUAACCCUGUUCACUGGUUGUCCUUCCUUGCAUCACUUUUCCUUUCCAUCCAGGAAGGAAACAGGGUUAUGGGGGUGGAACGCAUGAGCAUUACAACAACUCCAGAUGACUUGGAGAUGUGAUGUGGAAUACAUGUGUGUUCCAAGGACUCCAGCCAACUUGGAAAUAUGACAUGGAACGCAAAUGUGUUCCAAGGACUCCAGACGAUCUGGAAGUGUGUCACGGAUUGCAGAUAAAUCCGGAAGUCGACGUAGAAUGAUGUGUUCCAAUAAGAAGUGCUACCUGUAAAACUAAAAAAAUUCUCAUAAGCACAAAAGUAAACACAGGUGAUCCUACGAGAACUAAUUGACUGAAGGUGGGAGGUGGGACUUUUUGGAUUUAUAUACCCUUGGAGAAUGGAGACUUCAUUAUGCUGUAUGAAUUGUGGACUCCUAAACUUUGUGCCUCUGAAGAGGUCUGAGCAACCAUGAUAUGACAAGUUGAGGGCUGUUUUAAUUAAUGCUAUUUAUUGUGUUUAAAGAACAAUGAGUGAGUAGAGCCAAAUUAGAUACACAGUAGAAAUGGGGGGUAACCCCUAGUAGAAAACGAAAAGUACAAAAAGAGGAAUGUAUCUAAUACAUGAUGCGAGAUAUAUGCAUCAAGAAAAGGGGUUUCAAAAUAGCCAACAAAAAGCCUGCUAUCUAGGCCAGACAGAUCCACUAAAAUAAAAGAACAAAAAAUAAUAAAGAUUUAUUGAACACUACAAAAAUGUAACCCAAAUGUGUGCUACCAAAUAAACACCAAAAAAUAAAAAUAUAUAAAAAUAAGUCGUUGAAUAUGAUAAAAACAAAAUAUAAUUGCAGAUCAAAAUAUGAAAAACUAUUGCUAUCGGUAGUGGCUGGUAAUUAGUCAAGCUAGAAAAGCAGAAUGCCGAUCUGAUGGAUCAAUGAUCAGUAGUGUGGUCUGGUACUAUGGAAACCAAAACUAAGCUUGUAGAUCGAUAUAGGUCCUAUCAACAAGUAAAUGUGACACAAUCUAGAAAGCUGUUCCUGUCCAUAGUGGCUAAUAGUGUGCCAUACAUUCAAAAAUCCUGGUGGCUCAACAAUGAAUUAUAAAGUCUGUUGCUUUAAAUGUCAAAAAAUGCUAUUGGACUAUAUGGGUCCUUUAAAUAUCUGAGACAUUUAUUUUAAUGAACUAGUGAAACCAUAAAUAUCGGUAAAUGAAAGAAAAAUAAGAUCAUUAAAUAAACGUUGAGCUGAUAUUCAAACCAGUAUUGAAGUGGCUAGAGUGGUAAUCCAAAUAAAAGGAUACCACUAAUUGACUAGAUAUAAAGAGUGUAUAUAGAGGAUAUAUAGAACGGCAACAACCAGAAAUCACUAUACCGACAGUAAAGCAUACAUAAGAAUAUCUAGGAGGGAGAGAGUAGAACAAAAGACACAUGUAUAAAUCAAGUAGCAAUAACCCGUGCUACAAAGUAUCAUAUACCAGGAACGUCCAAUGAUACAAACAGUUGAUAACAGUAUGAUAAAAGGUAACACCCUCUAAUUCAUUGUUGAGCCACCAGGAUUUUUGAAUGUAUGGCACACUAUUAGCCACUAUGGACAGGAACAGCUUUCUAGAUUGUGUCACAUUUACUUGUUGAUAGGACCUAUAUCGAUCUACAAGCUUAGUUUUGGUUUCCAUAGUACCAGACCACACUACUGAUCAUUGAUCCAUCAGAUCGGCAUUCUGCUUUUCUAGCUUGACUAAUUACCAGCCACUACCGAUAGCAAUAGUUUUUCAUAUUUUGAUCUGCAAUUAUAUUUUGUUUUUAUCAUAUUCAACGACUUAUUUUUAUAUAUUUUUUUUUUUUGGUGUUUAUUUGGUAGCACACAUUUGGGUUACAUUUUUGUAGUGUUCAAUAAAUCUUUAUUAUUUUUUGUUCUUUUAUUUUAGUGGAUCUGUCUGGCCUAGAUAGCAGGCUUUUUGUUGGCUAUUUUGAAACCCCUUUUCUUGAUGCAUAUAUCUCGCAUCAUGUAUUAGAUACAUUCCUCUUUUUGUACUUUUUAUUUAUUGUGUUUAUUUUGUUUUAUGUUCUUUAUUUAAUUGUUUUUUUUCCUACAAAUUACCUGAGAGGAGUUUGGAUAUUCCUAUCUUGUACCAAACACUUUGUACAAGCAGAUGUAUAAAGUCAGAUGUAGACUUCCAGCUUCAAUGCUAUUUUGAUAGGCUUUAUCUCAUUGGUUUUCUUGUUUUUUAACCAUUAAAGCUGUUUUAGAAGACAGAAUAUAUUGCACUAUGUUUUUCUAAAGAGUUGAAUAAUCUGAAAAGUGAAGUGCCAUUUUAUUUAAAAAGUUUAACUAAUAAAUGUAUGAGUUAUUACCCUAUAUUUGCCUUAUCUUUUACAAUUGUAGAUAGCUAGUUGUUAUGGAAUUCUAUUUGUAAGAACACAGAGGAGUUCUAAAUGUGUCUACAUUGUUAUAGUGAAGGGUAAUACCAUCUUCACUGAAUUUGAAUUUUGUUGGUUUACACUGUCUUUUGUGGGUGUGUGUUGGUUUAAGGUUGUAAUGUUGUGGACGAUUAGUGUAUAUUCUCAGUUAGUUACUGAGGAAGUGUUAAUGGAAACUCCCAGGCACGGAUGCCAGACUCUUUAAUCUCCGUUCCUUUGCUGUAAGUAGAAUGCAGAGGGAAAGUAAUUUUAAACCCUGUUGCUUAUGGAGGCAGUUAUGCAGCAAACUACAUACCGGUACAUUUUUUUUUUCAAAUUUGUUAAGGACCUGCGCUAUUGCAAGUAGUGUACAAGAUUUCUCAGGUGGGGGAUUUUACAGUAAAAUUCGUCACUCCACAGAACAUGUUCCCACUGCUCCAGAGUCCAUUGCAGCAUGCUUUACACCACUCGAUCCAAGGCUUGGCCUUGUACUUGGUGAUGUAAGGCUUGCAUGCAGCUGCUCGCCCAUGAAAACCCAUUCCAUGACACUUAGUAUUUGGGCUGACAUUAUUGCCAGUGGAAGUUUGGAACUUUUCAGCACAGCGUGAAUUUUAUGCACCAUUCGCCUCAGCAAUGUGACUACGUGGUCUUCCUUUACUGCUGUUCCUAAACACUUUCACUUUCCUAUAAUACCACUUGCAGUUGACUUUGGAAUAUUUAGCAGCAAUUAUAUUUCACGAACUGACUUAUUGCACUGGUGGCAUCUGUGACAAAAUGCCUUUUGUCACUGGAUUUUUAUGUGACCAACUGCCCUUUGCCCCUGGCUUUUGGAGGAGCCUGAUUGCCAGCCUCCUGCCUCAUGACUAUGGCCCUGGGGUGUAUGGCCCUUGCAAAACUGUAACCCCAUGAUGAUUUGACUGUGUUCGUGGGAUCUGAGCGCUGUUCGGAUAUAUUGAGCGCUCAGAUCCAAGCUAUCUGUGGAUAGGUUGAAUGUGGGGGUUCUGUUCAGUAUGAUAGGAAUUAUGUAUAUUUGUGUAUUUUUGCUGUUGUUGUUAAUAGAGAUAUUUUCUGUACCUGGAGAUAAUCGACUUACCACACCCAAGCCAUGCUUGCAGUCGGUCAAAAAGGACUUCCAUCUAACUUUUGAACCACUGGACCAAUUUGUAUGAUUUUGACAUAUGUUUGUAUAUUGCGUAUGCUGGUUCAGAAUAUGUAAGUUAUGUGAAUGUGAUGUAUACUUUUAAAGUUAUUAAUAUUGUGCAAAACUGUAUAUUUUCCUGCCUGUGAUAAUUACGUUAGCCCAUUGUGUUCAGUAAUUAUAUCACAGGCAGAGGGGAGGAUUUUGCUGUAAUGAAUGGGAGUGUCAGACAUUGUUGUAUUGUUUUGAUUGGUUUGUGUCCUUUGUAUGCCUGUGUACCAUCAGGUCCAGGGGGUGUGGGUCUGGCCUGGGGAAUUGUAUAAAUUGUGAGUGCUUGCUUCCAUUUAAACAUAACUGCUUUACCCCCUCAUGAAGUCUUGGCUCAUGUUUGGGGGAUGGAAUGACUACACUCUGGGAAUUGCUAUAUCACAAUACCCCCUGAGUUUAAGCCCUUAAGGACACAUGACAUGUGUGACAUGUCAUGAUUCCCUUUUAUUCCAGAAGUUUGGUCCUUAAAGGUUUAAGCUCUUGUAAGAGUUUGUUCCUGGUUCCUGCUCUCUGGAUCUAAGAGAGGUCUACCCACUGGGAGCUAAACCCUGGUCUUGGGUCCAGAGUGGGUGGAGGACGGCGAAAACCCCAACCAAGCUACGGCGGUUCGUGGGUUUGACGGUGGUUGUGGUGUCGAGUGCGGUGCUGAUGGUCCUUGGCGAGAACUAGGAGCAUCUUUUGAUGGAGGCACCCAGUCGGGUGGCAGGCGUUCCAUCACACUGGUGGCAGCGGCAGGAUGGCGUCCUAGUGCAAGCAGAAGCAGCGAGGAGACACCGGUAACGUGUGGAGUAUAUUGAGGGCAACGCUAGUAUCCCUACAGCGGCCCUGACUACAACAAACAUGACGAUCAGCUACACUGAGGCAGAGUUUGACGCUAUGAUGAAGCUGCGGCUGGAUUUCUUCGGACCCAAUCCAGCUGAGAAAUUCGUAGAGUUCACGAGGAACCUAGUGCUUGAGACCCUGCAGCGCAGGGCAGAGAGGGCAGACAAGUUGGCACGUUUGGAGAGACCCCAGUAGCAGUUUACCUUGCAGGGAGAAGAGUCGGUCGGUCUCCCUCCCCAGCGGCAUUGCAUCUCACAGGGAGAGGAGACAACCAGUCUCUCUCCCCAGCGGCAGGGUGAGUUACAGAGAGAGGAAACUGUCGGUCCCUCAUCUCAGCAGCAGAAAGAAUCACUGGGAGUGGAGAUGGUCGCUACCACUACCCAGCACCAGGCAGCGUUACCGGGAGUCGAGACAGUCGGUCUGACUCGCCAGCAGCAGUGUGUUGUUAAGGGAGAAGAGACAACCAGUCUCUCUCCCCAGUGGCAGCCAGCAUCUCAGGGAGAGGAGAUUGUUGGCCCCUUGUCCCUGCAGCAACCAUCAUCACCGGGAGUCGAGACAGUCGGUCUGAUUCCCCAGCGGCAGUGUGUUUUCAAGGGAGAAGAGACAACCGGUCUCUCUCCCCAGCGGCAGCCAGUAUCCCAGGGAGAGGAGAUUUCGGUCCCUCGUCCAUGCAGCAACCAUCAUCACUGGAAGUGGAGAUGGUCACUACCCCUAUCCAGGCUAUCCCAGCAGAAGCGCUGGCAUCGGGGCAGAGUGCAGCUGGCCUCUGUCCCCCAAGUCCCCAUAGCGUGUUGCCCAGUACCACCAGAGGAACCACCAGGUGCAGUAAAUGUGUGUUGUGGGUAGGCUACUCAUGUACUUGUUCACUGUGGGUUGGUUUAUCGACUAACUCAGGCACCGACCGACAGACUCCCCCCCCCCAAAGGGGAGAUGUGUGACAAAAUGCCUUUUGUAAAUGGAUUUUUAUGUGACCAACUGCCCUUUGCCCCUGGCUUUUAGAGGAGCCUGAUUGCCAGCCUCCUGCCUCAUGACUAUGGCCCUGGGGUGUAUGGCCCUUGCAAAACUUUAACCCCAUGACAAUUUGACUAUGUUCGUGGGAUCUGAGCGCUGUUCAGAUACAUUGAGCGCUCAGAACCAAGCUAUCUGGGGAUAGGUUGAAUGUGGGGGUUCUGUUCAGUAUGAAAGGAAUUAUGUAUUUUUGUGUAUUUUUGCUGUUGUUGUGAAUAGAGAUAUUUUCUGUACCUGUAGAUAAUUGGCUUACCACACCCAAGCCAUGCUUGCUGUCGAUCAAAAAGGACUUCCAUCUAACUUUUGAACCACUGGACCAAUUUGUAUGAUUUUGACUUAUGUUUGUAUACUGCGUAUGCUGGUACAGAAUAUGUAAGUUUAUGUGAAUGUGAUGUAUACUUUUAAAGUUAUGAAUAUUGUGUAAAACUGUAUAUUUUCCUGCCUGUGAUAAUUACAUUAGCCCAGUGUGUUCAGUAAUUAUAUCACAGACAGAAGGGAGGAUUUUGCUGUAAUGAAUGGGAGUGUCAGACAUUGUUGUAUUGUUUUGAUUGGUUUGUGUCCUUUGUAUGCCUGUGUACCAUCAGGUCCAGGGGGUGUGGGUCUGGCCUGGGGAAUUGUAUAAAUUGUGAGUGCUUGCUUCCAUUUAAACAUAACUGCUUUACCCCCUCAUGAAGUCUUGGCUCAUGUUUGGGGGAUGGAAUGACUACACUCUGGGAAUUGCUAUAUCACAAUACCCCCUGAGUUUAAGCCCUUAAGGACACAUGACAUGUGUGACAUGUCAUGAUUCCCUUUUAUUCCAGAAGUUUGGUCCUUAAAGGUUUAAGCUCUUGUAAGAGUUUGUUCCUGGUUCCUGCUCUCUGGAUCUAAGAGAGGUCUACCCACUGGGAGCUAAACCCUGGUCUUGGGUCCAGAGUGGGUGGAGGACGGCGAAAACCCCAACCAAGCUACGGCGGUUCGUGGGUUUGACGGUGGUUGUGGUGUCGAGUGCGGUGCUGAUGGUCCUUGGCGAGAACUAGGAGCAUCUUUUGAUGGAGGCACCCAGUCGGGUGGCAGGCGUUCCAUCACACUGGUGGCAGCGGCAGGAUGGCGUCCUAGUGCAAGCAGAAGCAGCGAGGAGACACCGGUAACGUGUGGAGUAUAUUGAGGGCAACGCUAGUAUCCCUACAGCGGCCCUGACUACAACAAGCAUGACGAUCAGCUACACUGAGGCAGAGUUUGACGCUAUGAUGAAGCUGCGGCUGGAUUUCUUCGGACCCAAUCCAGCUGAGAAAUUCGUAGAGUUCACGAGGAACCUAGUGCUUGAGACCCUGCAGCGCAGGGCAGAGAGGGCAGACAAGUUGGCACGUUUGGAGAGACCCCAGUAGCAGUUUACCUUGCAGGGAGAAGAGUUGGUCGGUCUCCCUCCCCAGCGGCAUUGCAUCUCACAGGGAGAGGAGACAACCGGUCUCUCUCCCCAGCGGCAGGGUGAGUUACAGAGAGAGGAAACUGUCGGUCCCUCAUCUCAGCAGCAGAAAGAAUCACUGGGAGUGGAGAUGGUCGCUACCACUACCCAGCACCAGGCAGCGUUACCGGGAGUCGAGACAGUCGGUCUGACUCGCCAGCAGCAGUGUGUUGUUAAGGGAGAAGAGACAACCAGUCUCUCUCCCCAGUGGCAGCCAGCAUCUCAGGGAGAGGAGAUUGUUGGCCCCUUGUCCCUGCAGCAACCAUCAUCACCGGGAGUCGAGACAGUCGGUCUGAUUCCCCAGCGGCAGUGUGUUUUCAAGGGAGAAGAGACAACCGGUCUCUCUCCCCAGCGGCAGCCAGUAUCCCAGGGAGAGGAGAUUUCGGUCCCUUGUCCAUGCAGCAACCAUCAUCACUGGAAGUGGAGAUGGUCACUACCCCUAUCCAGGCUAUCCCAGCAGAAGCGCUGGCAUCGGGGCAGAGUGCAGCUGGCCUCUGUCCCCCAAGUCCCCAUAGCGUGUUGCCCAGUACCACCAGAGGAACCACCAGGUGCAGUAAAUGUGUGUUGUGGGUAGGCUACUCAUGUACUUGUUCACUGUGGGUUGGUUUAUCGACUAACUCAGGCACCGACCGACAGACUCCCCCCCCCCCAAAGGGGAGAUGUGUGACAAAAUGCCUUUUGUAAAUGGAUUUUUAUGUGACCAACUGCCCUUUGCCCCUGGCUUUUAGAGGAGCCUGAUUGCCAGCCUCCUGCCUCAUGACUAUGGCCCUGGGGUGUAUGGCCCUUGCAAAACUUUAACCCCAUGACGAUUUGACUAUGUUCGUGGGAUCUGAGCGCUGUUCAGAUACAUUGAGCGCUCAGAACCAAGCUAUCUGGGGAUAGGUUGAAUGUGGGGGUUCUGUUCAGUAUGAAAGGAAUUAUGUAUUUUUGUGUAUUUUUGCUGUUGUUGUGAAUAGAGAUAUUUUCUGUACCUGGAGAUAAUUGGCUUACCACACCCAAGCCAUGCUUGCUGUCGAUCAAAAAGGACUUCCAUCUAACUUUUGAACCACUGGACCAAUUUGUAUGAUUUUGACUUAUGUUUGUAUACUGCGUAUGCUGGUACAGAAUAUGUAAGUUUAUGUGAAUGUGAUGUAUACUUUUAAAGUUAUGAAUAUUGUGUAAAACUGUAUAUUUUCCUGCCUGUGAUAAUUACAUUAGCCCAGUGUGUUCAGUAAUUAUAUCACAGACAGAAGGGAGGAUUUUGCUGUAAUGAAUGGGAGUGUCAGACAUUGUUGUAUUGUUUUGAUUGGUUUGUGUCCUUUGUAUGCCUGUGUACCAUCAGGUCCAGGGGGUGUGGGUCUGGCCUGGGGAAUUGUAUAAAUUGUGAGUGCUUGCUUCCAUUUAAACAUAACUGCUUUACCCCCUCAUGAAGUCUUGGCUCAUGUUUGGGGGAUGGAAUGACUACACUCUGGGAAUUGCUAUAUCACAAUACCCCCUGAGUUUAAGCCCUUAAGGACACAUGACAUGUGUGACAUGUCAUGAUUCCCUUUUAUUCCAGAAGUUUGGUCCUUAAAGGUUUAAGCUCUUGUAAGAGUUUGUUCCUGGUUCCUGCUCUCUGGAUCUAAGAGAGGUCUACCCACUGGGAGCUAAACCCUGGUCUUGGGUCCAGAGUGGGUGGAGGACGGCGAAAACCCCAACCAAGCUACGGCGGUUCGUGGGUUUGACGGUGGUUGUGGUGUCGAGUGCGGUGCUGAUGGUCCUUGGCGAGAACUAGGAGCAUCUUUUGAUGGAGGCACCCAGUCGGGUGGCAGGCGUUCCAUCACACUGGUGGCAGCGGCAGGAUGGCGUCCUAGUGCAAGCAGAAGCAGCGAGGAGACACCGGUAGCGUGUGGAGUAUAUUGAGGGCAACGCUAGUAUCCCUACAGCGGCCCUGACUACAACAAGCAUGACGAUCAGCUACACUGAGGCAGAGUUUGACGCUAUGAUGAAGCUGCGGCUGGAUUUCUUCGGACCCAAUCCAGCUGAGAAAUUCGUAGAGUUCACGAGGAACCUAGUGCUUGAGACCCUGCAGCGCAGGGCAGAGAGGGCAGACAAGUUGGCACGUUUGGAGAGACCCCAGUAGCAGUUUACCUUGCAGGGAGAAGAGUCGGUCGGUCUCCCUCCCCAGCGGCAUUGCAUCUCACAGGGAGAGGAGACAACCAGUCUCUCUCCCCAGCGGCAGGGUGAGUUACAGAGAGAGGAAACUGUCGGUCCCUCAUCUCAGCAGCAGAAAGAAUCACUGGGAGUGGAGAUGGUCGCUACCACUACCCAGCACCAGGCAGCGUUACCGGGAGUCGAGACAGUCGGUCUGACUCGCCAGCAGCAGUGUGUUGUUAAGGGAGAAGAGACAACCAGUCUCUCUCCCCAGUGGCAGCCAGCAUCUCAGGGAGAGGAGAUUGUUGGCCCCUUGUCCCUGCAGCAACCAUCAUCACCGGGAGUCGAGACAGUCGGUCUGAUUCCCCAGCGGCAGUGUGUUUUCAAGGGAGAAGAGACAACCGGUCUCUCUCCCCAGCGGCAGCCAGUAUCCCAGGGAGAGGAGAUUUCGGUCCCUUGUCCAUGCAGCAACCAUCAUCACUGGAAGUGGAGAUGGUCACUACCCCUAUCCAGGCUAUCCCAGCAGAAGCGCUGGCAUCGGGGCAGAGUGCAGCUGGCCUCUGUCCCCCAAGUCCCCAUAGCGUGUUGCCCAGUACCACCAGAGGAACCACCAGGUGCAGUAAAUGUGUGUUGUGGGUAGGCUACUCAUGUACUUGUUCACUGUGGGUUGGUUUAUCGACUAACUCAGGCACCGACCGACAGACUCCCCCCCCCCAAAGGGGAGAUGUGUGACAAAAUGCCUUUUGUAAAUGGAUUUUUAUGUGACCAACUGCCCUUUGCCCCUGGCUUUUAGAGGAGCCUGAUUGCCAGCCUCCUGCCUCAUGACUAUGGCCCUGGGGUGUAUGGCCCUUGCAAAACUUUAACCCCAUGACGAUUUGACUAUGUUCGUGGGAUCUGAGCGCUGUUCAGAUACAUUGAGCGCUCAGAACCAAGCUAUCUGGGGAUAGGUUGAAUGUGGGGGUUCUGUUCAGUAUGAAAGGAAUUAUGUAUUUUUGUGUAUUUUUGCUGUUGUUGUAAAUAGAGAUAUUUUCUGUACCUGGAGAUAAUUGGCUUACCACACCCAAGCCAUGCUUGCUGUCGAUCAAAAAGGACUUCCAUCUAACUUUUGAACCACUGGACCAAUUUGUAUGAUUUUGACUUAUGUUUGUAUACUGCGUAUGCUGGUACAGAAUAUGUAAGUUUAUGUGAAUGUGAUGUAUACUUUUAAAGUUAUGAAUAUUGUGUAAAACUGUAUAUUUUCCUGCCUGUGAUAAUUACAUUAGCCCAGUGUGUUCAGUAAUUAUAUCACAGACAGAAGGGAGGAUUUUGCUGUAAUGAAUGGGAGUGUCAGACAUUGUUGUAUUGUUUUGAUUGGUUUGUGUCCUUUGUAUGCCUGUGUACCAUCAGGUCCAGGGGUGUGCCUCUGGCCUGGGGAAUUGUAUAAAUUGUGAGUGCUUGCUUCCAUUAAACAGAACUGCUUUACCCCUUCAUAAAGUCUUGGCUCAUGUUUGGGGGAUGGGAUAACUACACUCUGGGGAUUGAUAUAUCACAAUACUCCCCUGAGUUUAAGCUCCUGUAAGAGCUUGUUCCUGGUUCCUGCUCUCUGGAUCUAAGAGAGGUCUACCCACUGGAAGCUGAACCAUGGUCUUCGGUCUAGAGUGGGUGGAGGACAGCGAAACCCCAACCAAGCUACGGUAGUUAGUGGGUUUGACGGUGGUUGUGGUGUCGAGUGCGGCGCUGAUGGUCCUUGGCGAGAACUAGGAGCAUCUUUUGAUGGAGGCACCCAGUCGGGGUGGCAGGCGUUUCGUCACAGCAUCCUAUCACAGUACCACACUUAAAUUCACUGAGCUCUUGUUUGUAUAUGCAGGCUGCAUGGCUAGGUGCUAGACUUUAUACACCUGUGGCAAUGGGUCUGAUUGAAACACCUGAUUUAAACUAUUUAGAGGUAUUUCCCAAUAUGUUUGUCCAUACAGUGCAUCUUUGUCACUAUCUACAUCAUUGCUUUUGGAACACAAGACAAACAGCUAGGUUAAUAACUGUACAAACCACUUUGUUAAUAGAUGCAAAUUUUAUUUGAAUAGUCAAAUGCUUUAUGCUGUCGCACAUGUACAAAUAUAACUUGCAUAGAUGUACAUUUACUUUCUGAUUUCUGGUUUCCUGUUACUUGUUUCAGGAUAAAGCACUGUCAGAUCUCAUUCAGUCUAUGCUUAACUCAGUUUUAUCCGGAUACAAUGUGUCCAUUUUAUUAUGUGGCAUUGACAACCCUGGCAUGGAUUCCAUCCUCGGAGGAAAGGGGAACCAGCUUGGUCUAAUUUUUCAGGUAAGCCUUUUCUAGAUUAUUUACACUGAUGGAACAGGAUGUAUGCAACUUGCUUUAAGACUUUGUCUAUUUAUUUGUUUGGUUUUAUACAAUCCAUCAGUCCAGUGCACUUCACAUGAAUUAUUAAAAAUACUGUAAUUAAUGAAUAAAUCAUUAAUAUUAUUAGCAAAUAUUAUGACUAUUGUUAUUUAUUAUCAUCACUUAUAAACAUUGUUAGUUAGAAUGCAAUUAUAGACUGCCGUACAUUAUACAGUGAUAUACAAUACAAAUUAUUUUAAUCAGGCAGAAUCAGACUGGUUUGAUGUGAUACUGGUCAUUAAGACGCAUAAGGCAGUCCUCCAGGAGCCCCAAGAGAUGUACCAGUGCUCAUUAGUGAAUCUUAGUUUGUUAUUACCAAGUAAUAUUAUGUCGUUCAUAACAGGGCUUUUUUGUAACUUGAUCACUCCACAUUUUAUGUCUUUUUUUUCAAAGGUAAUUUGCUUCUUAUUCAUUUAAAUUAGAACCAUCACUUCUCUGGAAAUUCCAUCAUUGCAUAAAACAUUAAAGGGUAUAUCCAAGAUUUUAAGUGGUGAUGGUGCCUGGAGAUUCACUAUGAAUUGCUGCUCAGAGUUUAACCCCUCUGCUACUGGUGAUGUAAUGCCACCUCUGCAGCGUCAUUGUGGUGUCAUUAGUCAGCCCAGUCCCAAUUGCUGAAACUCAAGCUUUUUAAAAGUACACUUCAUCUUUGGAAGCACAUCUUGGUACUAUUAUCCGGGUUUUUAAUUCACUAGUAUUGCAUAAACGCCUGAAUAUGGGUGGAAGCAUUGAAUAGCGUCUUUAAUAUCCAGGACUAAAAGCAGAAUGUUUACAUUGUUUAUUAAUUCGCUUGUUUCAUCGUGUAAAUGGCACCUAGUUUGGGAGGUUUACAUGUUCACCUGUUCCAACUUCUCUUUUCAGAUAAUAGAACUUGCUUUUCAAGGUGUCCAUCCUACAGACCAAGAGGAUUCCUUGGUUACUGUAGCCUUCAUGCAGGUAUCAUCAGAUGGCUUGGUAUCUUACUUGCUCUAA